AUGGACAACGGCUAUUCACACAGAAUUACUGAUUUACGGAAACAACUGAGCACACUAACUGAACAAUUAGAUAGCUCGGAAAAAAUGCCAGCAUCGAAAUGCAAACAGCUAACACUCAGCUUAAAAGAAGUUAUUAGUUUGGCUAAGGAAUUACAGGAUGAUAUCAAUGAAGAUUCAAGGAAAGCGGAAGAUAUCAGUAAGGGCUUGGAAUUCGAUAUGACAAGCUGUGAAAAACGAUUAAAACAUUUAAGAGCUGAAUUAGAUAAAGCUAACACCGGAAUCGAGCAGAAGGAAGAACUUGUUCAGCAAAAGUUAGCUACAUUGGAAGGUACCAGAACUAGAGCAGAGGAAAUGCACCAAGGAUUAGAGGGGAUUGAUGAAGAAGAAAAUAAACUUCGCGAUCAGUGUCGGAGUGAAAAGCAAAAUUUAGAUCGAGCUGAAAUUGCCGUAGAAGGGCUUAAUCGCAGUUUGCAAGCGUUACAAUUUCGCAUGGACCGAAUUAAAUCCAGACGAAUGACGGCUGAAGAGAAAUUGGGUCGUUAUGGUGAUGAUACCGAUGGAGCAAAGUUAUCCAAACGGGCACCUAACGAUAAUGAUUCCGAAUCUCAGCAAGGAAAUUUCGAAGAAGCUGAAACAUCUAUGAAUGAACUAAUUGAUAAAUUAGCAAAAAUAAUGAGACGUUGGGAAGAAUUGGAACGAAGAAAGAAAUUCUUGCAACUUCAAAUUGAUAGGGUACAAGAAAUAACGGAUAAUAUUAAAACUAAAGUUUCCGAUAUUGAUGCCCAAUUGUAA